AUGUCGGCAGUCAGUCAACAAGCUUGUAGUCGUUUCUCUGCAGAGGUCCGUCAGGCGGCAGCUGCAGUGGCGUCCCGUUCGUCGCCACUACCGGUGAAUCUAUCUGAGGUCAAGCAAGUAUGUCCCUUUGUCGCUAGGACCAAAGGCAUGCCCGAAAAGUCCGCGGUUGAGACCUUUGCCAGUUUCUGUCCUGUCAUGUCUGUUGUUGAGAAGCCUGUGCUUAUUCACAACGACCUUGACGACGGCGCUGUGAAGAAGUCCCUAGUAACGAGAGUUGCUGAUAAAAUGUACGAGGCCAAGUUCGAGUACAAUAUCGAGAAGCUAAAGCAAGAGGGGAGAUAUCGCUACUUUGCCAAUCUACAGAGGCACGUCGGUACUUUCCCGAAGGCAACUUUCCGUGGUCAGAACGACGAGGCGGGCAUCCCUAGAGAAGUGAUGGUGUUCUGUUCGAACGACUAUCUUGGUAUGGGUCAAAACCCUGUGGUGUUGCAGGCUUGUCACGAGGCUAUUGACACGAGCGGUACUGGUGCUGGUGGCACCAGAAACAUCUCUGGCACGACUAAGUACCACGUCGAGUUGGAGCACGAAUUGGCUUUGAAUCACGAGAAGGAGUCGGCUUUGGUGUUCUCUAGCGGUUAUGUAGCCAACGAGGCUGCUCUCUCAGCCGUGGGCAAAAUCAUGCCUGAUUGCAUUAUGAUAUCCGAUUCGGGCAACCACUCCUCUAUGAUCGAAGGUAUACGUCAUUCUGGUUGUGAGAAGACUAUAUUCAAGAACAACAAUCUCGAGCAGUUGGAGGCCAUCUUGAAGUCGUAUCCCCUCGAGAGACCGAAGAUGAUCAUUUUCGAGUCUGUGUAUUCCAUGGCCGGCUCUAUCGCUCCUCUGGAGAAAAUCUGCGAUCUCGCGGAAAAGUACAAUGCGCUCACUUUCUGUGACGAGGUUCAUGCUGUUGGUAUGUACGGCGAGCACGGUGCGGGUGUUGCUGAACGUGAUGGCGUCGCUGACCGUAUUGAUGUCAUUUCUGGAACCCUUGGAAAGGCCUAUGGCGUCUUUGGUGGUUAUGUUGCAGCUUCGAAGAAUUUCAUUGAUUGUGUUCGCUCCUAUGCUGCUGGUUUCAUCUUCACUACUGCCAUCCCCCCUGUAGUCGCCGCUGGUGCUCUUGCAUCAGUUCGUUAUCUUCGCCAGUCGGGUGCCGAGAGAGAGAUGCAACAAUUACGUGCUAAGCAGUUGAAGGCUAAGCUACGCUCUAAGGGGCUUCCUGUGAUGAACAGCACUAGUCACAUCGUGCCGGUGCUGGUCAGAGAUCCGGUGAAGGUUAAGCAAGUUACCGACAAGCUUUUGGACGAGUACAACAUAUAUCUACAGCCUAUCAACUACCCUACUGUGCCUAGAGGCACUGAACGUGUUAGAAUCACUCCUCUACCACUGCACUCUGAAGAAGAUCUCGACAUGCUCACUUCUGCUUUGGACAACAUCUGGGAUGACCUUGAACUGCCCAGGAACGUUCCUGUCGAUGAUGUCACUGAGUAG